CGCCCGAUUGCUCUGGUGACGGCAGAUGCGGACAUUUUUCUCGGUUAGAGAGAGUUGAGCUGCGAGUUUCAGUAAUGUUGAGGUAGUUAGCGAAUUAAAGUGGUUGUUCGACUUCAGCAGAGAGGAGCUGUAUCUUUCACCCUCGGGGAGGAGAGAGACUAAAUUGUCAUCAUGCCUUUGGUGAUGCGGAACAUCGAGCCACGGCACCUGUGCCGCCAGACUCUGCCCGCCGCUGUGAAAAGUGAGCUGGAGUGUGUAACCAACUUCACACUUGCCAACAUCAUCCGGCAACUUGGCUCCCUAAGCAAAUUUGCAGAGGAUGUGUUUGGCGAGUUGUUUGUCCAGGCCAGCUUGUUUGCAGAAAGAGUGAACACGCUUGGCGAGCGGGUGGACAAACUGCAGGUCAAAGUCACACAGCUAGACCCUAAAGAGGAAGAAGUUUCUCUGCAAGCCAUCACCACUCGGAAAGCUUUCCGCUCUAAUCUGACCCAGGAUCAGCAGCUUUUCAGCCGACCUUCUCUGCCCCAGCCAGUACAGGAUACCUACUUGACCUGCAACGAGCCUCCUCCACUCAGCAUUCUUAGUGUUUACAGGGAUGAUGGUAAAGAGGCUCUUAAAUUCUACACUGAUCCAUCUUAUUUCUUUGACCUGUGGAAAGAGCAGAUGAUUCAGGACACCAAAGACAUCAUGAAGGAGAAACGGAAGCACAGGAAGGAGAAGAGAGAAAACCCGAACCGGAGCAAUUUGAACCCUCGGAAGAUCAAAACCCGCAAAGAGGAGUGGGAGCGGCGUAAGAUGGGCGAAGAAUUUGUUGUACCUAAAAAUGAUGGAGGUCUUCCUAUGGAUGUGCACAAUGGCAGCAUUGGCUCAGGUGAUGACAUGGGUAUGAUGGAUUCUGAGGGACAGCUAGACCAAAGCACGUCUUCCUACAGUUAUGAUCCUGGCUCCCCUCUGCCACCUCCAAUGUCGGAUGAUGACGGUUUCCUACCUCCUCCACCUCCUGAUAUGACGUAUAAUGAGGGAGCACCUGGAACCUCUCCCCAGAAGCGAAGUAGCUUAUUGAGCCCUACUCAUCCUCCACCAGCUCCCCCAGUUAUGGCGUCCUCUCCUCCCGGUCGCCCUUCAGUGGCCCCCCCUGUGGCCCCACCUCCUCCCCCACCUGUAGGGAUAGGUAUCCCACCCCCACCCCCAUCAGGGUUUGAUUCUCCCCCCUCUCCUCCUCCAUUUUCAGCUGGUUCUCCCUCUAUCCCUCCUCCUCCACCUAUGGCUGCCAAUAUUCCAGCUCCACCACCUCCCCCUGCAGGGGGUGGACCCCCACCACCACCCCCUCCCCCUCCUCCUCCAGGCCCUCCUCCACCAAGCUUUACCCCUGCUGCUCCAGCACCUCCUCCUUCCUCAGGUGGGGCCCCUGCUGCCUCUGCCCCCAAGGCCCAGUCUGCCCCUGAGGGUGACGGCCGCAGUGAUCUCCUGGCAGCUAUUCGCCAAGGAUUUAACCUGCGUAAAGUGGAGGAGCAGAGAGAACAGGAGAAGAGAGAGGUCGUGGGCAAUGAUGUGGCUGCUAUCUUGUCCCGCCGUAUUGCAGUGGAGUGUAGUGACUCGGAGGACGACUCUUCAGAGUUUGAUGAUGAGGAGUGGUCUGACUAGGUCUACGUAAAACAUCAUGAAAAAGAUCAUUCCUAUUAGACCUUCCACUUAUCAGAUUACCUGUUUCCCUUUUAAUGAGGCCAACUUUGUGUGUGUAUGUGUGUGUGUGUGUGUGUGUGUCAUGGUUUAUUCUGUCUCCAAGUGAAUUAUUUAGAUGAUUGGCCUGCUCCUGUUACAGAGCGCCUGUCCCUCUGUAGUGCAGUUAUCAAGAGUACGAGAAGGUGUGUGUCUAUGUCUGUCCUUGUGUCAUUGCAGUAUCGUAUCUCCAAAAGCUUGGUAUUAAUCACCUAAAACUUUUUAUAUAAAAAAAAAACAAAGCCAAGUAAAUGGCAGGCACAUUUAUGAGUCAGUAAUGUUAAUACUAAACACUUGGUUAUUGUGUUUGUUGCUCUGAAGGGCUGCAGUUUUCCCCUGGUGUUGGCCCAUAUAUAGAGCACUCAUUCCCUGAGUGAACAUUGAAAGCAGUAUCUUUAAACCCACAGUGCCUUUUGUGUGUUCAUGGCUUGUUUCCUUGGUAACUGGUUUCCGUCUGUGGGUGCAGCGUAUCUGUUCUCUGACCUCGGUGCCACUUGGGGCAUUACGGCAUUCCGUGUGGUGGUUUUCCCUGUCCUGUUUUUUUCUCUUCUGUCCUUAUCCUGUAUUCCAAAGUGCCUGCUUUAUUUUUUUGUUAUAAGUGCCUACUCAUUUAAAGCCAAAGCUUUACUGAGAAUUAUGCAAGAUUUUGAAAUCAGAAAAGUAAUUUUUGUAUUUGGUACAUUUGUUUAAUUAUUGUAAACAUUUUCUAUCACUGGUUUAAUGAAAUAAAAAUGAUAAAAAUGA